ACCGAUAUGCCGUCACCUUCACAGGACUCAGGGAUCUAUUCGAUUGAAACUCGAGUAGACAACGAGCAAGUCCGCGGAUCGCUCGAGGGUAUUGACGAACUUGAAGAAAAGUUCGAUAUCAACAGUAACGUUGAUCCAAGUGCCAAAGAAUCAGAGAAUAAUAGUGCUUCCAGGAAUGCAAGCCGUGUGUUGAACAUUGAGACAGUGAAUAAGGAAUCAGUGGAAACUGACGGUUCUGUAAAUGAGAAUGGAACGAGAUUGGACAUUGUGUAUGGUGACAUGAGUGGAGGAGAUGAUGUGCCUGAUUAUAAGGAUGCCUAUGUUUCGUCAGCUGUUGAAAAAACACCUAAAGGGUUUAUUUUCUCUCGGUUUGAACUGGAAACCACCGACUACGAGGAGAAGGUGUAUACCACAGACAGAGCAACUCACACAGUUGUGGCCAAACUUGUUGCAGAGGAGAAGUUUGUUCCCACCGAGCAGACUGAUGCCGAUAUUCGUGAACAGUUUGCAAAUCUGGGAGAAGGGGACAAGAUUGAGACAUCACCUCGGACAUUUGCAAAGGCUGGUUCGUCUAGGGAAACAAACAUUGAUGAAAACUUUGAAACAGAUUCUGGGAGUCGACCUCUUAUUCUAAGGCCUGAUUCACCAGAGAAGAAACGGACGCAUAUAGCUACCGAAUAUAAACAAACAAACAUUGCUGACCCUAUGGGCGCUACCGAACGCCUUCAGCGCAACCAACAUGAAACAAAUAUUGAUGAUCAUGAUGUGGUUAGAUAUCAAGACGCAGCAAGCCAUGAAACAAACGGAAUCACAAAACAUUCAUUAACUAUGACAGGGUCUGCUGCUCCUCCCGAGAAGUUCCUAAGGAUGGAUAAGACGGAUGGGUCCCGGUCCCAUCGCAUUGUGCCACUGACUAAGGAGACUUCUGAUGCUGACAGAGUGAUGAAGGCUGAUGGAGGCAAAUCUCGGGAGACAAACAUCGGCGAUACAGCAAGCAUGGCUAAACGACUUUCAUCCAUCAGCCAAGGGGAAUCUCCCCCUGAGAAAAUACUGAGAAUCGGCAGCAGCAAAUCUCUAGAGACUCUUAUUGAUGACAGUAAAUCGUCAACGGCUCAUUCAGGCACAGACAAAGGUCAAGGUCAACUCGGAACAGAGAGAACGUUGACGUUUGUCACUGAAUCCCGGGAAACAAUAACAGAUGCGAGGCAUUCUUCCGAGUCUACAAUGCCCCCCAAGCAGAGCCAAGAAACAAACAUGGUAGAAGACAGACACCAUAUACCACAGACGCAGUCACGGGAAACGUUGAUUGAUGACCCCAGUGUCUCCUACCCUAAACAAGGAACUAGUAGCAUCCACAGAACUGUGAAUGUGCAAGACAGUGGUCAUGGGCCCCGUGAAACACUUAUUGAUGAUGUAGCUAGCACAGUGUCGCAAGAACUGAACACAAACAGAACAUCUAAAGAGACACUCAUUGAUGAUGUUCCAGCGCCCAAAUUCCCCACUUGUUUACAAGAUCGAUCAGGGCAGAAAGAGACAUCCAGAAGUAGGGAAACAGUGAUUGAUGACGUAGUCAUCACAAACAAAACAUCUAAAGAGACACUCAUUGAUGAUGUUCCAGCGCCCAAAUUCCCCACUAGUUUACAGGAUCGAUCAGGGCAGAAAGAGACAUCCAGAAGUAGGGAAACAGUGAUUGAUGACGUAGGCAUCACUGUGUCGCAAGAACUGAAAACAAACAAAACAUCUAAAGAGACACUCAUCGAUGACGUCCCAGUGCUGAAAAUCCCCACUAGUUUACAGGAUCGAACAGAGCAAAGAGAGACACCCAGAAGUAGGGAAACAGUGAUUGAUGAUGUUGGUAGUACGUCAACUACUAGGUUUAUGAAUUCAGCACCGAUGACAGUUAAAUUUCCUGCAUAUGGAUCACGGGAAACACUGAUUGAUGAUGUAGUUCCACAACAGAUAGACGAGAAAAUCGCCAGAGCUGAGUCCCGUGAAUCAUUAAUUGAUGAGAUAGACAUGGUGUUGUACGGACGUACUGACUACAAGAUGAAGCCCAUCGAAGUGCCACACGACAUUCCUUUCCCUGAUAGCGAACCAAGUCAGCAGAUCUGGAAACCAUCCCAUGAAACAGUAGACAGUGGGUUGUUUUCUCAUGGUGGACAUCGUGAAACCCUCAUUGAUGAUCCAGCUGUUCCAAGCAUAGGGCUUAGUAAAGGAUCGUCUGUAAAACAGGAUACCUUCAUGCACAUUCCCGGAACACGGGAAACCUUGAUUGAUAAUAAGCGUUUCACAUCAACUGAACACAAGUUUGGCCAUGCAGGAGUUACAGACAUGACUGAUGGGACAUUGAACGUUGGGACACCAGGAAUAUAUGAAACUAACAUUGACGAUGUGUCUGAAAUAGUACUUCCUGAAAGAGUCUUGAACAUAGAUCAGGAAAAUGUGACACGCUUCAGGAAUAGAGCUUCCUUAAAUCGAGACGGAAGCAGUGAAGGGUUGGAUGAGAGUAAUGGAAAUGAACUUGAUAAAAGUUUUGGUGAUGUCACAAACAGAAGUGAGGACAUGCUUGACGAUGUGUCUGCUGACAAGAAAAAUGAUGCAGUCCAUGAAACAGAGAUUGAUGCAGACGAAGAUGAGGAAGAGUGGGUAGUAGAUGAAGUAGUGCAAGACUUUACUAUUAUGACAGGGCCGGAAGGUCAGAAGAGUUUCAUUCCUGGAAAGAUGGAACACAGGAUUAUUCACGUAUCCCCAGAACACAUACCAAGCUUGCCUGAGGCUUCACAACCAUCUUCGGAUCCGACAGCCCAAACCUCACCUCAACAUGUACAGACGCAGCAGCCCCAACAGGGCAAGGAAACAGAAAUAUCAAUGGAGCCCAUGCUGUCAGACAGGCCAACUCCGAAGCCAAGAAGAAGCCUGAGGUCAGAAAGUGGAUUGGCAGAAUCACCAGCUGCAGCUGAUCAUCACAUGACUCCACAAACUACACCCCAGGUUGAUCGUGACGGCAAACUGCACUUAGAUGCAAUAGAUGAAGUGUCGUGGAAGCCAUUAAGUGAUUCUGUAAAGGCAGAGAACUCUCCUGCAGCUGUGAGAAAGUUUGUCAUGGAAGAUGUGAUCAUAUCUGGCUCCCAUCUCAUCCCGCACCCAAGAAGACAGGUUUACAGCGAGGCUGACAAAAGUAACCCACUUGUUGCUAUAAACUCUGGUGACAUGGGUACCUAUGGUACCAGGUCGAACCUGGCCCAUCUUAGCAAAGACCUUGAAUCAGAGGGUGACAUUGACUUUGACAUAUUUGCCGGUGGUGUUAAUGGUGCAGAUGGUGUUGGCACUGUGAUAAGGCCUGUGUCCGAAUCUUCACCCAAGCAUGGGGGAGAACAAGCAGUUGCUGAUGGCAACGAAAGCCCAGAUGACUCGGGUUUUCCAAGUCCGGAUGUUUCAAGGCAGAUAUUGGAGCAGUUCAAACGAUCCAAGAGUGUGGAACAUCUCCGACGUAAAUCAUGGGGUAUGGUAGAGGAUGAGUCAGUCUUUAUGCCCAUGCAAUCCAAGAAGCCUGACUCUCCAGUCAUGUCUUCACCUGUGCAGAGUCCGCCAAUAAUUCCAGAUUCCCCAGUUGUUUCCCCACCUUCAAUGGCGUUUCUCAUGUCCAAGAAAGGAUCAAAGAGUGUUCCAAACCUUGCUGGAAUUGACGACUCGCCUUCCAUCAAAGCACCUAUCUCGCACACAAGAGAAUCGGCAGCGAUUGCUUCAUCUCCAAUAGUUCAAAUGACACCAAAAGCUGGUGCUUCGCCACUUACCAAGAAACCAUCUCGCUAUACUAAGAAGUAUUCAACAACUGCUUCAUCUCCUGUGAUAAAAGCUGCUGCCAAGGCGAAGGCUUCAGAUUCCCAGCAAACAACACGCCAGGUCAUACACACGGACAUAGAUGACGUGGUGGAUUCGGCAGCAGCUUCAGAAACAGCACAGCUCUCAACUGCAGGACCUAUGUCAGCCUCUGUUGAAAAGAAAUCUCCUUCUGAGACAACAUUUUCGGCUGGAGUCGAGUCAUCUCCUGUGAUAUCCCAAUCGCCUGUGAUAACCCAAUCUCCUGUUCCCAUGAUACCUGCAUCACCCAUGAUAAAACAGGCACCUGCUAUAGUUCAGUCUCCCACAGUUCAGCUUCACAAGACUGAAACUAGAUCGUCAGAAUUUCAACAGAUUGAUCAGUCCUCUGGUGUGACAAUCUCAAAACGAGUUGAAGCAGCUCCUAUCAUAUCAGCGUCACCAAAGAUAGAAAGUCCUGUAAUUAUUAGUUCUCCUUCAGUGCAGAUGACCAAGGACAUGAGAUCGUCCCAACCUGUCCACGCUCCUCCAUUGAUAGAAGAAUCUCCUUCCAUUCCAAUAUCACCCACAAUUAAGGCCUCAGAACGCAUAGACGCGUCUCCAUUUAUCAGCUCUCCUUCAGUGAAGACAACCAUGGACAUGAGAUCGUCUCAACCUGUCCACGCUCCUCCAUUGAUAGAAGAAUCCCCUUCCAUUCCAAUUUCGCCCACAAUUAAGGCCUCAGAACGCAUAGACGCGUCUCCAUUCAUAGAAGAAUCUCCUUCCAUUCCAGUGUCACCAGCUAUCAAAUCAUCAGAACGAAUAGAUGCUUCACCAAGUAUUUCUUUCCCAACACAAUCCUCAACGAUUCCACAAUCUCCUACUCUCUCGUCUCCUUUGAUCCCUGAUUCACCAGUGAUUCCCACUUCACCAACCAUUCUACAAUCACCGUCCUUGUCAGCACCGACAGCAGUACUUGCCUCGCCUACUGUUUCCAUUCCAGACUCGCCAACAGUUUCAAUGACCACUCCGCCAACUGCAGAAGACACGUCUUUCGAAGACCAAUGGUCUUUUGGAAGCCAAAAGAAGCACAGAUCUCUUAAGGAGAUUAAGAGAAAAUUCUCCAGCAAGAACUUUAAAUCUAUGCAAAUGCCACCCACACCAAACAUCGGACAGUUUGUUGUACCUCACAAAUCGGUGCUCACAGCCAGAUACAAAAUCAACGCUUACAGGAAAAGGUUCCUUAGUGAAGGCAAUCUCCUGGAUGAUUCCGAGAGCCAACUCAAUGACCAAUUUAAUGAGCACAAAGAAUCCCUAACAACAAAAUACAAGUCCCCUCGCCGCCCGGGACAGAAAACCCCAAGCAGUUACCGCAGUCAGGAUAACUUGGAGAGGUUCACUUUAGCCUAUCCUAACUUCUUUUGGGAAGAUUCAAGUGAAGGCAGACCUAGCAUCGAUGAACUUCACAAAAACUGCAUUUUUACCCCAGAAGGCAGAAAAGAUAUUAUGAACAAAACACUUUCAAUUGAAAAUUUGUCAUUAGAUCUUGGCGCUCAUUUGAGACGCUAUGGCUCAGUGACAUCCUUAUAUGAGACUGACAUUGAUACGGGUGAAACAUCUGAAACAAUACCCUUCCCUGAAACUGAUCUAGACCUUUGGUUCUCUUUGCAGCAUCCAAUAGAACGCGCUGUCAGUAUGACGGACCUACGCAGUGAGCAUUCCCACCGGAUAGGGACAGGAAAGGGGAGAUUUGCGCAUCGUAAUGUACCUAAGUCAAAGAGUCUUCAGACUCUUGAAACUAACCUCGAUGAUGAGGAAGAUGAACUUAAGCGCGUACCAUCAGUACAUGAACUUCGUGUUACCAAAUCCCUGUCUAAGUUAAAUAUACCAGACUGGUUUAAGAACUCUAGCCUAUCUAAGAGUGGUAGUUGUAUGUUAAGGCAUGGCUCCACAUCAACAAUGUCCUCAUGGGGCUUCAACCCUAGUCUGACAUCAUCUCCCUGCCCCUCUGUAACAUCAACUGGAAAUGUGGUUAUCAAAACCCGUGUAUCCCCUUCCAGUAGUAUGAGACUUUUUAAAUCCCCCAAGUUUGCCUCAGUACCAACCUUACCCAAAACCCCAGAAGAGAGACUACCUAAAGCACCCAUUAAACUGCCUAGCGAAAUGUUAAAGAAAAAUGACAAACCAAAAGGUUUGGAAAAAAUCCCAAUAGUGCCUUUUGCUCAAAUUAGGGCAAUGUUUGAAGCCAAAGCAGCUAAUGAACGAGCUAGAAAGAAGGACAGUGCAGUGCGCCAAGACUCCGUGUCAUCAAAAGUUUCAAUGAAAGCUGCGAGCCCUGUGCCUGUAGUGACUGUGUCCCCUAGUGAAAUUGUUCUUCUUGAAAGUAGCCCAAAGCGACCAAGGAGUCCCCCCGUUAUUGCCCCAGAUCAAGCUAGAAUUUCAUAUGCUCCAGUACUACAAAAGGGACCUUCAACAAAUGCAGGAGACACUUCUCAACCAUGGAGGCGACCACUGAGUCCGAGUACUGUAAGUCCUGUAAGUCCUCAAAUGGGGCUUAGUCCCACUGAAACCACUAUUCCUCAGAGAACUACGAGCCCGUUAGAAUCAGCUGGUUCUCAUGGAUCCACAAGUCCCACGGCAUCCACAAGUCCUCAAAGGCCCCUCAGUCCUGCUGAAAGCUCAAGUCCUAGAUCAAUUAGUCCUCUUGGACCAUUGAGCGGUCCAGAAGAUGCAAACAGAUCGUUUAGCCCUUCAGACAGGAUGCGACCAAUAAAUCCAGACGGUCCUCAUAAUCGGUCCAUGAGUUCCACAGGAUCUAUGAGCCCUCCAAGGUCAAUUAGCCCUGGGGGGAUUCUCAGCCCGAGAGGAUAUAGUGCAUAUGGCAACAACGAGCAGCCAGCUAGCCCAGACAGCCCCCCACAAAGUCCAGUCGAAAAGGGUGGACCAAAGGGCAUCCUUGGCCCAACAGUGAGAUUCGUAGAGACAGAGAAAAUAGAAGUUAAGGAUAACAAGCCUACAAAACCAUCUGGUAAAAAGACAGACUUUUUCAAACGUUUGCAAGUGUUCCAACGGCCCGACAAAGAUAAGAAAACCAAAGCCGAAGACUCAUCGAAAUCCCCACCACAGAAACAGGUACCAGCCUCCAAGCUCAAAUCUGCGUUUGAACCCUUCUCACGGAAUUCCAAAUCUAUAGAAUCUGCCCCAACAAUUCAAGCCCCAAACUCUCGAGCAGUCCCUAAAUCUCCCACGCGCACCGAAGCCGAAACCCAACUAGUGGAGGAAGCACCCGUGUUACAAUCACCCAAUUCACAAUCUAUAGAGUCCGCCCCCACCCUAAAAGCACCUUCCCGUAUGGCACCAGAGCCCUCAAGGAACUCAAGUGAAAUUUUCUCAAACGAUCGCAAUUCUCAUACUCGGCAAGAGCCUCGCAAUGGGGCUUCAGAGCCCCCGGCGAGUCCAGUCAGGGUAGGUAAUCCCGGGCAGAGCCUGCCCACGCCUGUGCUAACACCCACACCAUUCUCUAGAUCUUCAACGUCUGAAGAACAGAAACGAAGCAUGAAAGAAACCACGGUAUAGCGAGGAGGUGUGUGUAGGUACUCGUCACAAUCGACUCGGAGAUUCCCGUUUGUUUCUGACCUUGGCUAAACAUUCCGAUCCACAAUCGCCGAAACAAGUCUCGUUCGAUGAUGGCGAU